AUGAAACUUUAUAUCUUUAAGAAAUUAUUAUCAAUAAUUUUACUAUCAAUUAUUUUUCUUAUAAAUAUUUCAAAAACAGAAGAAAGUUCAAGUUCAGAAUAUAUCCUAGAUUUCAUUUAUGUUGAACAAUAUGGUGGAAAAGGUUGUAAUUCAAAAACUGGUGAAACUGUAGUCGAUGAUAAUUAUUGUGCAUUUAUAAAUGAUUACCCAACAAUAAUAAAUACAACUGCAAAUGGUGAAAGUUUCUAUUUUUCAGUUUUCAAUUCAGAUGAUUACCUUUGUUCUAAUGGUCACAUUGAAAGACAACAUGUUAAAAUAAAUACAUGUUUCGCUUCUUGUCCAAAAGGAUGUACAGAUUUUAAUGUAUAUAUUAAAUAUCAACCUGCAUUAUCAAUAAAAAUAAAUAAUUAA